AGUCGGAGAAAUUUAAGAAUUUAUCGAUCAAAUAGUUGUACCUGUGUUCAUCUACUUUUAAAACAGACUAUUUAUAACGUUUAUUUAUCGAAAUAACUGAAUUUAUCCAGAUUAUUAAUAAUCUAUGGCCCACUUAAAUAAGUAUCAGUGGCAGUGUGAAGUGAUGUGCUAGUUACGUGGUGGUAGGUCAUAGUGGGAUGUGGUAUUGAUGUGGUCACCGUUGCGAAUGCGGGCGGGUGGCCCCCCUGGCCGGCAGGUCAAUGACAUCGCCGGCAUUUCUUGUGCUGUACUUGGCACUUGCUUGUUCCAAGUUUGGUGCGACAUCGGAACAAACAGCGGAUCAUGAUAACAGGCAUAAAGUUAUGCGAAACAAAAUGGAACCAAUACACGAACUAAUAAUGAAAGCUGUUAAUAAUUUAGAUCUAAAUAUGGAACCUAGGACCAAUGAAUAUAAUAAUAAUAAUAUUAAAAUAAAUAAAAAUAAUUACGACAAUGCAAACGCACGUGAUAAUAUUAAGACAUUUGAUGAUAUUUAUACAGAAAACGAUAAUGUUUUUGAAAGGAAUUUAAAUAUACAUAGAGAUUACGUAGACAAACUUAGAGCGAAGAAUUUCGGAAGCGAUUUUGUAUCAUUUUUUGUACCUAAAAGAAGAGUUAAGAGAGAAGAUGAACCGGACCCUAGAUGUGAGAAGUUUAAUUACAAUAGUAACGAACAAAAGUACAUCCAACAUCCCCAUGGCGCUAUUAAAAAUAAAUAUUACUACAGUGAUUUGAACUGUGUCACAGUUAUAAGAGGACCUGAAGGUCACGUGGUUGAGCUCACAUUUGUGGAUCAGUUCCAUAUAGAAUACCACCCGGAUUGUAGCUAUGAUUAUUUAGAGAUUCGAGAUGGUCAAAGAGGAUACGCCAAGCUCCUAGGCAAGGUAUGUGGAGAGGCGUUUCCUCGACAAAUUAUCACAACUGGACCGAACGUAUGGCUGAAGUUCCACUCUGAUGACACCAUAGAGUACGAGGGAUUCCAAAUCAACGUCAGAUUCAUACCCACAAGUAACAGCAUUAGUAUACCGGAGAGCUGUAACAUAGAACUAACUGGAACAAAUGGGCAUGUAGAAUCAGAGAAGAUAAACGAAGACUGCUUGGCAAAGAGUCUGAAUCAGGCGCUAGAUGUUUUAUGGACAAUUAAAGUUGAAGAAGGACAUAAGAUCUAUUUGAACUUCACCACUUACGCAUUAACUAAACCAAACGAAUGCGAAGAAAACUUCGUCCAAGUCUUCGGAUAUAAAUUGGAAUAUGACGCAAGGUUAGCGUUUUACUGCGGUUCUGUUGCUAACCCGAUAACAACGAUAGAUGAACACAAAGAUGGAUCCGAAGACAGAAGUAAUAUUAUGUACGUUCGUCUGUACGCUUCGAAGUCCGGUAAAAAGUCUAACUUCAACGCUACCUUCACUGCGUAUAGAAGCUUGGACACGAGCAAAGAUGAUAAAUGCAAAGAAAACGAAUUUGACUGUGAAGAUAAUACUUGUAUCGAUAUUGGCCUCAAAUGCAAUGAUUACGCUAACUGCAGACUCAAAGCUGACGAGGAAAAAGACAUAUGCAUUAUUAUCACCGAGUCGAUGAUCAACCAAACACAUAUCAAAGUGAUCCUCAUCAUCUUCUGUCUCAUACUCUCUGGAAUGAGCUUCGUCUUCUUCUUCAAGUGCAUCAGGAAGCUGUAUCAAGAUCACAAGAUUAUCAAAGAACAUAUCCGUCAGUCGUGUGAAGAUCGCCUGGACAGUAUGGUGAGCAGUCGUCUGACCCUCGAUGCGAAGCGGCUUCAGCGAGACAGCGAACCAAGGGCCAGCUUAGAGAGAGACAACCAGACGAAUGAAAUGUUUAAACAACAAAGGAAGUUCUCUCAGCAAAAAAUACGUCCAACCAGCAUAGAUUCAGACUUCAUCCAAGAAACACACUUGGACUUGGACGAAGAACCAUGGAGAAGAGAAGUAAAUACAGUACCAGUAGAAACAGAAGACGUCAGAAUUGAACGUAAUGGAAGACCUAAGAAGAGUGAUAUGAGUAAGAAAGAAGAAUCGAUAAGGAGUAAAAGAGAAAGUUCGGAAAAGAAGCAAAUAAGAGACGUUUCAGUUGGUGCACCGGAUACUAAAGAAUCUGGAUGUCAAACUAGGGAAAGUCUUUUCCAAGCCGACCCAGCUAUUAGUUCAGAUGGUUCAGGUACAACAAACAGCCGAGGUUUCUCCACCUUUGGGUACUCCGGCGCAACCAUCGUCAGGCCUUCACCACCCCAGACCAACACAUCCCAGAUCACCAUAGAAUUACUGAGACAGGCGACUGAGCAAGAAGAGAAACCCCAAAAGAAAUUCCCGGACCGCCGCCCGAUGAGCACCGAGACAACCCGAUCCGCCCCUGACGUCAUCAUCGUAUCCAAACCGAUUCGCUGAGGAUGACCUUCGGGGCCCCCUCCAUGGGCCCCGACUCCCCCUUGCCCCUACGAGGCUCCUAGGGAACCGAGAACUUGCCCCGAAGGUUCCUACCAGCCUCAUUCCUGUUACGAUAAUCUAUCAAAGAGCGUGUCAUUUGAAAACUGUGAAGGUUACUACAGCCAGCAUUUUGCUGAAGGCCCCAAACUGUUCUAUGACUACUGUUUAAAAAGUGAUUUUAAAGCGAAAACACUGCCAAGGAACGUCGGUUCAUCUGUAGAUAUUAAGAAGGUAUACCCCCAUAGAAGCGUGUGCUUCUACGGCGUCGACGAUUCACCGUCUAGAAGUAGAAAGUUCAUAGUUAAAGCGGACAUCGAGUAUCCUAGAUAACGAAGAAAUAUGUAGCAUAAUUAUAAUUAAAAUUACGCUUUCGUUAAGUGAAAAUACAUUGAGUAAUCUUUUACAUUCGACAACAUCGCGCUGGUGCUUAACCGACUACGAAGUCAAGAAGGGUAAUAAACUGUAAUCCUUUAUAAGUGCAAUAAAAAAGUUUUAACUGCUCAGUGUGACGUCAC